AAUUCAUGAAUCAAAACCAACAUACAUUAUUAUUCAAUUGUAAUAUAUAGAACAUCUUCAUCUUCUAUAUAUCUAGGAAUAACCCAUUGCUAUAUCUAUCAUUUUUAUGGCUCCAUCAUUAGAGAGCAAUAAAAAUGUUGUUAUUGAUGAUGAAUCCAAUAAGAAUCUUCUUAAAGAAGAAGAAGAAGAUGGAAUGCUUUUUGCAAUGGACUUGGGGAUUUUAGUGGCGUUUCCAAUGGCUGUUAAGACUGCAUUUGAGCUUGGAAUCUUCGACAUAAUGGCCAAAGGUGGUGAACAUGCAAAGCUCUCAUCUGAAGACAUUGCAUCACAGAUUGGUAGCAUAAACCCUAAUGCACCAUCGAUGGUGGAUCGCCUUCUUAGGCUCCUUGCAAGUCAUUCUUUGUUGUCUUGUUCAUCACUUCCUCAAGUCACCAAAGAUGAAAAUGAUCAAGAACAUGAGCUUAUUGCAUCUCCUCAGAAGAUUGUGUAUAGUCUUACAGCUGCUGCUUCCAAAUAUUUUGUGAGUGAUGAUGAUGGUGUCAAUUUUGGACACAGUUUGAGCUUGAUUCUGGAUAAGGUUUUCUUGGAAAGCUGGAGUGAACUGAAAGGAGCAAUAUUGGAAGGAGGUGUGCCAUUUGUUAGGGUUAAUGGGAUGCAUGCAUUUGAGUACCCAAGUGUGGAUCCAAGGUUCAAUGAUGUUUUCAACAAAGCUAUGAUAAGCCACACAACCAUAGUGAUGAAGAGGGUUCUUGAGUCCUAUGAAGGUUUUAACAACAUUAACACUCUAAUUGAUGUUGGUGGUGGUCUUGGUAUCAAUCUCAAAAUGAUCACUUCCAAAUAUCCAAAUAUCAAUGCUAUUAACUUUGACUUGCCUCAUGUAAUUCAACAUGCCCUCACCUAUCCCGGUGUGAAACAUGUGGGAGGAGAUAUGUUUGAGAGUGUUCCUAACGGAGAUGCCAUUUUCAUGAAGUGCAUACUUCAUGAUUGGAGUGAUGAACAUUGCUUGAAGGUGUUGAAGAAUUGCCAUAAAGCCAUUCCUGAAGAUGGAAAAGUGAUUGUUGUAGACAUAAUGGUUCCGGUUUUGCCGGGGAAUACAACCGCCGCUAAGGUUGCUUUCAAAGCUGACUUAUUGAUGAUGACUCAAAACAUUGGAGGAAAAGAGAGAACCAAACGUGACUUCAUUCAUUUGGCCACUCUUUCUGGAUUUUCUUCCAUCAAAUUUGUGUGCUCUGUCUCUGGAUAUUGGGUUAUGGAGUUCUACAAGUAGAGACAAAUAUGUAUCUAGAGUCCUAUAUAUAGUAUAUAAUAAAAAAAGACAAACACUCACGUACGGAUUAAAAUAGUAUAUAAUAAAAUAAAAUACAAAAGGCUCUCCUUGAAAACAAAAA